AUGCCAUCCUUUUGUAGGGGUUCUGAUCAGCGUCCCCUUCGUGCGAAAAUACGGCUUAGCCACACGAUGGAAAAGAACAUCUGCUAUCCGCAACGAAAGAGAAAAGAAAAGAAGUCGUCUACGACGAUUGCGUACUCGAAGAUUCCUUGUCCCAAGGUGACUUCGAGCUUCGAGGAGGACCCAAACGUGGACUACGAGAUGCUGCUCAGAGGAUUACGAGCCUGUGCUGAGCGUGCCUCAAAGCCACGCACGACAAACUUGGAUCGAAUUUCGAAGACCACCAAGGAGUUGUUGGAAAGAAGAAGGGCAUUGAGACUUGAUCCGAAUGCAUCCAUCGCACAUUGA